CCUUUCCUGACGCAAGUGCCCGGCAAGGCUGCUGCACGCCUUUAAUUGUGGCCGCUGUUACAGCAAAACUGGAUUUUAAAACGAUUCAAAGUAGACAGACACGCCACAUAAUAACUUCCACAAGGACGUAGAUUGACAGGUUUCUUCAACAAUGUCUCGUUUCUUCGCCACCGGGUCUGACAGCGAGUCAGAGGAGUCCUCAUCCGCCGAUGAGAUCGCCCCUAAAGCACCCGGGACAACUUUCAAGCAAUCACUGCUGCUCAGUGAUGAUGAGGAGGACACAAAGAGGGUGGUGCGCAGCGCCAAAGACAAAAGGUUUGAGGAGUUGACCAACUUCAUCAAGACUAUCCGCAAUGCCAUGAAGAUCCGAGACAUGGCCAAAUGUCUGGAGGAGUUUGAGCAGUUAUGUCGAGCGUUCCUCAAAAGCAAGACUAUAGUGGAUAAAGAGGGUGUUCCCUCUUUCUACAUCCGUCUCCUGGCCGACCUGGAGGACUAUCUGAACCAGCUUUGGGAGGACAAAGAAGGCAAGAAGAAAAUGAACAAAAACAAUGCAAAAGCCCUCAGCACAUUGCGUCAGAAGAUCCGCAAGUACAACAGGGAUUACGAGACAGAAAUAUCCGCCUACAAGGAGAACCCACAGGAGUCUGCAGAUGAGGAGGAGGAAAAGGGACCAGAUGAUUCUGGUUCUUCCUCUGAUAGCGAUGGGGAGGGUGGUGAUGACGUGACAGCCAAGUCCUUCUUGAAGAAAAAGCCUGAGGCUUCCUCAGAAGCCAGCAAGUUCCUUAAAUCUGCCAAGGGAUCCGGGGAUGAAUCAUCUUCCAGUGAUGACGAGGAUGAUGAAGACUGGGGUUCAGACACCGUAGAUAGUGGCAGCGAGAGCUCUGAUGACGGAGAAGGAAAGAGCGCUUCCCUGGCCAUGGUCUUCCUCAAGAAGACCCAGGGACCAGAGAAGAGUAGCGAGAAGGUUGGGAAAAAGAAGAAGCCCAAGAAGAAAGAGCGGCUGGAGGAGGAGGCUGAGGAAGAGGGUGGUGAGGAGGUUGAAGGAGGCUGGGAGAAGGUGAAGGGAGGAGUCCCUCUGGUCAAGGAGAAGCCCAAGAUGUUUGCAAAGGGCACAGAGAUCAACAUACCGGUGGUGGUGAAGAAGCUGAAUGAGAUCCUGCAGGCAAGAGGCAAAAAGGGAACAGACAGGGCUGCCCAGAUUGAACUUCUCCACGCACUGUCUGCCAUCACUGCUGAGAAUAACUUGGGCGAAGGAAUCCUGGUCAAGAUCAGGUUCAACAUCAUCGCCUCCCUCUAUGACUAUAACCCCAACCUGGCAGCUUUCAUGAAGGCGGAUAUGUGGAAGAAGUGCCUGGACUGUAUCGAAGAGCUGCUAGACAUCCUCUUUGAUAACAACAACAUCUUCAUUGGCGAGAACAUCGCAGAGGACAGUGAAAACCUGGCCAUCUCAGAUCAGCCGUUCAGGGUGCGUGGUUGCAUUUUGACACUGGUGGAGAGGAUGGAUGAAGAGUUCACCAAGAUCAUGCAGAACACUGAUCCUCACUCUCAAGAGUACGUAGACAACCUGAAAGAUGAGGGCCGAGUUUGUGGCAUCAUUGACAGGUUGCUGAACUACUUGGAGACCAAGGGCAGCACAGAGGAGAUUUGCCGCGUUUACCUGCGUAGAAUCAUGCACACCUACUACAAGUUUGAUUACAAGGCCCACCGUCGCAGCCUUGGUCUCCAGGGGGGCGAAUCCAAGUCCGAGCAGGACCAGGAGGAGAGCGAGGGCGAGGACAGCGCUGUGAUCAUGGACCGUCUGUGCAAGUUCAUUUAUUCCAAGGAUCGCACCGACCGUAUCCGUACCUGCGCCAUCCUCUGCCACAUCUACCACCACGCUCUGCACUCUCGCUGGUACCAGGCCCGCGACCUGAUGCUGAUGAGCCACCUGCAGGACAACAUCCAGCACGCCGACCCGCCUGUACAGAUCCUGUACAACAGAACCAUGGUCCAACUGGGCAUCUGUGCUUUCCGACAAGGCAUGAUUAAGGAUGCCCACAAUGCCUUGCUGGACAUCCAGUCCUCUGGCCGUGCCAAGGAGCUCCUGGGUCAGGGUCUGCUCAUGAGGAACAUGCAGGAAAGGAACGCCGAGCAGGAAAAAAUUGAAAAGAGGAGACAAGUACCAUUCCACAUGCACAUCAAUUUGGAGCUGCUGGAGUGUGUGUACUUGGUGUCCGCCAUGCUGCUUGAAAUCCCAUACAUGGCCGCCCAUGAGUUCGACGCCCGCCGCAGGAUGAUCAGCAAGCAGUUCCAUCACCAGCUCAGAGUGGGAGAGAGACAGCCACUGCUGGGACCCCCAGAGAGCAUGAGGGAGCAUGUGGUGGCUGCCAGUAAGGCCAUGAAGAUGGGAGACUGGCGUACCUGCCACUCAUUCAUCAUCAAUGAGAAGAUGAACAGUAAGGUUUGGGACCUGUUUCCUGAGACACAGCGUGUACGAGAGAUGCUUGUCAGGAAGAUUCAAGAGGAGUCACUGAGGACUUACCUGUUCACGUACAGCAGUGUGUAUGACUCCAUCAGCAUGCAGACACUUUCUGAGAUGUUUGAGUUGGAGAUACCCACAGUUCACAGCAUCAUCAGCAAAAUGAUCAUCAACGAGGAGCUGAUGGCAUCACUUGACCAGCCCACACAAACAGUGGUGAUGCACCGCACAGAGCCCACCUCCCUGCAGAACAUGGCCCUGCAGCUGGCUGAGAAACUGGGCAGCUUGGUGGAGAAUAACGAACGCGUCUUUGACCUGAAGCAGGGCGUGUACGGUGGUUACUUCAACAGAGAUCAAAAAGGCGGCUACCAACAAAAUAAAUCCUACAACAGAGACAGAGAUCAGAAAGGUGGUUAUCAGCAGAAACAGGGCGGCUACCAGCGAGAUCAGAAAGGUGGUUAUCAGCAGAAACAGGGCGGCUACCAGCGAGGUGGCUACAGAAAUCAAAACCAAAGCAACUACUGAGCUUUGGGCGUUUGGAUUCCCGCAACCUGAACUAGUCUUCAUUCCAUAACAACAACAACCACCACCACCACCUGACUCUCUCUGAUUGGCACUUGGAUGUGUGCUCAUCUCCGUCAUUUGACUUGAAACUGUUUUCCGCUGAGCGUCAUCACAGUACAAGCCUUUCUCACUGCAACUGCAUAGUGUGACAUUUCAGCGCUGCCAUCUCCUUUUAUAAAUGUAAAGAGUUUUUAAGGUUAUUGCUAGUAGAAGAUGUUAUAUUAUAGGCAUUGUGGUGCGGCGGGCUUGUGGCAGUUCAGUCAGGUGACAGACGUGUCAAGAAUUGUUAUCAGUAAUCUAAUAAACAGUAAAAAAGUG